AUGCAAACUGCAACCUAUCCUGCGUCAUCCGGCGAUCAAGCUACCAAGGUGGACGGAUAUAUGGACCGACAGCCAGAAGAUAAAUCCAACUCGCCUGCCCAGAACCAAAGAGGUAAUGAUUCACAACAAGAAGACCAAAAUUCAAUGGAAAAAAACUCUUCAAACAGUGUCUGGACAUCUGGUAUUCCUGCCGCCUUAGAAGAAGCAACUAUGAGCCAGCCGGCACCAUCAACUUCUGAGGGGCCUCAAGUAGAGACCAUGCAGUCCAUGCAACAAAAUGAAGGCGCUAGGCCUGGACAGCAACAACCUUCUAAUAUCGCUGACAAAUCUGCUCCUUCAUCUAGUGAAGCCGCUUCUCGGAGUACCGAGAAUAAUCAAUAUAAAAACGCCGGCAAAAACACUGACAACUUACGAGAUCGCCAAAUGCGCAAGUCACGUCUUUCGCAAUUGCUUGAUUUACAGAGGAAGCGAAUUCGUCCUGCAGAUCAUUCAACGAAGGGUCGCUAUGGAAUCCAAGAUUUUGAUUUUCUCCAAACUUUAGGUACGGGGUCAUUUGGCAGAGUACAUUUAGUUCAAUCCAAGCAUAACCGACUGUUUUAUGCUAUUAAAGUUUUAGAAAAAAGGAGAGUGGUAGACAUGAAGCAAGUGGAACACACUUGCGAUGAGCGCCAUAUCCUUUCCCGAGUUCAGCAUCCUUUCAUUACCAUAUUGUGGGGAACAUUCCAAGACGCUAAAAAUUUAUUUAUGGUCAUGGAUUUCGCAGAAGGUGGUGAACUGUUUUCCCUUCUCAGAAAAUGUCAUCGUUUUCCAGAGAAGGUUGCAAAGUUUUAUGCUGCGGAAGUUAUCCUGGCUUUGGAUUAUUUGCAUCACAAUCAAAUUGUGUAUCGUGAUUUGAAGCCUGAAAACCUUUUACUUGAUCGAUUUGGACAUUUAAAAAUUGUUGAUUUUGGGUUUGCGAAACGUGUUUCUACCAACAAUUGUUUCACGUUAUGUGGAACACCGGACUACUUAGCUCCCGAAAUCAUCUCCUUGAAGCCCUAUAACAAAGCUGCUGACUGGUGGUCUUUGGGUAUUUUCAUCUUUGAAAUGCUUGCUGGCUAUCCUCCCUUUUAUUCGGAAAAUCCGAUGAAACUGUAUGAAAACAUUCUUGAAGGUAGCAUUUCGUAUCCCCAAUAUUUCUCCCACGCUAGCAUUGACCUUAUGGAUCAUCUUCUUCAAAGGGAUAUUACGAGUCGGUAUGGAAAUCUUAAAGAUGGAAGUAUGGAUAUCAUUAUGCAUCCUUGGUUCCGAGAUAUUAGUUGGGACAAAAUUUUGACACGUAAAGUUGAAGUUCCUUAUGUACCUCCAAUCCGUGCUGGCAUGGGUGAUUCGAGUCAAUUUGAGUCUUAUGCUACAGGUCCCACCAAUUAUGGUAACAACGAGAAUCCAGAAUUCUCAGAUAUUUUCCAGGACUUUUAA